CCAUGUACAGCACUGUCCUUCCUCGGUAGACUUGUUUUUGUAAGCUUGUACCCUUCGCAUGUAGCCAGCUAGCCUGCGUUAGCCGGAGAAGCAGACUUUUUUGUAUUUCUUUUACUGACUCGUGUAUUCAAGCAAAACUGGUGGAGGAUUUCUUUUGCCACACUGACUGCCGACCAUGGUGAGCAAGACAGAUGACAUCCCGGCGUCAGUGCCCAACUGUAAUCCGGUUGAUCUUGCGGAAGCCGGGGAUGGAGCCCAGGACAGCAAAGCAACCAGCAAGACAAGUCUGAAGGAGUCCUGCGGCUGUGGGCACAGCGCAGAUACAGCCAUGGUGAAUGGUGACGGGGCUCAUGGGCACACAGAGGAGGCAGAGUCAAAGCAGGAUGGCAACGGCGAGACAGACGGAGGAGAGGAGUCUAACGAACAGGAAGUGAUCGUGAUCCAGGACACAGGCUUCACCGUUAAGAUCCAGGCACCUGGAACAGAGCCAUUUGACUUGCAGGUGUCUCCCCAGGAAAUGGUCCAGGAGAUCCAUCAGGUGCUGAUGGACCGCGAGGACACCUGCCACCGCACCUGCUUCUCCCUGCAGCUGGAUGGAAACGUGCUGGACAACUUCGCCGAGCUCAAGUCCAUCGAGGGCCUGCAGGAGGGCUCGCUGCUCAAAGUGGUGGAAGAGCCCUACACAGUACGCGAGGCCCGCAUCCAUGUGCGUCACAUCAGAGACCUCCUGAAAAGCCUGGACCCCUCAGACGCCUACAAUGGAGUGGACUGCAACUCCCUCUCCUUCCUUAGCAUCUUCACUGAUGGCGACCUCGGAGAUAGCGGUAAGCGGAAGAAAAAGGGCAACGAGCUGGAGCAGAUUGACUGCACCCCCCCAGAGCACAUCCUGCCAGGCAGCAAAGAGCGCCCACUGGUGCCCCUCCAGCCACAGAACAAGGACUGGAAGCCUAUGCAGUGCCUGAAGGUUCUGACCAUGAGCGGCUGGAACCCUCCGCCUGGAAACAGGAAGAUGCACGGUGACCUCAUGUACCUGUACAUUGUGACAGCGGAGGAGCGCCAUGUCAGCGUCACUGCCUCUACACGCGGCUUCUACCUCAACCAAUCUACCACCUACACCUUCAACCCUAAACCAGCCAAUCCCAGCUUCCUGAGCCAUUCACUGGUAGAGCUGCUGAGCCAGAUCAGCCCUGCCUUCAAGAAGAACUUCACUGCCCUGCAAAAGAAAAGAGUCCAGAGACACCCGUUUGAGAGGAUAGCCACGCCUUUCCAGGUGUACAGCUGGACAGCUCCGCAGGUAGACCACGCCAUGGACUGUGUUCGAGCUGAGGACGCCUACACCUCCCGCCUGGGUUAUGAGGAGCACAUACCUGGACAGACCAGAGAUUGGAACGAGGAGCUGCAGACGACCAGAGAGCUGCCCCGGAAGAACCUGCCUGAGCGCCUGCUGAGGGAGAGGGCCAUAUUCAAGGUCCACAGUGACUUUGCAGCUGCUGCCACUCGAGGCGCCAUGGCGGUCAUCGAUGGCAAUGUAAUGGCCAUCAACCCCGGUGAGGAGACACGCAUGCAGAUGUUCAUCUGGAACAACAUCUUCUUUAGCCUGGGCUUCGAUGUGCGGGACCACUAUCGUGAGCUGGGUGGAGAUGCUGCUGCCCACGCUGCGCCCACCAACGACUUGAACGGGGUACGGGCUUACGGGGCAGUGGACGUGGAGGGUCUGUACACUCUGGGGACGGUAGUGGUGGACUACAGAGGCUACCGUGUCACCGCCCAGUCCAUCAUCCCUGGUAUCCUGGAGCGUGAGCAGGAGCAGAGUGUCAUCUACGGCUCCAUUGACUUUGGAAAGACGGUUGUGUCUCACAGCAAAUACCUGGAUCUGCUGGAGAAGACCAGCAGGCCACUCAAGGUCCAGAGGCACAGCGUGCUGAACGAGAAAAAUGAGACAGUGGAGCUGUGCUCCUCCGUCGAGUGUAAGGGCAUCAUUGGAAAUGAUGGCCGACACUAUAUUCUGGACCUUCUUCGUACCUUCCCUCCUGACCUCAACUUCCUGCCUGUGGAUGGAGAGGAGCUGCCUCCAGAGAGUCAGCGCCAAGGCUUCCCCCGCCAGCACCGCCACCGCCUGGCUUGUCUACGCCAAGAGCUUAUCGAGGCCUUUGUUGAGCACAGAUAUCUUCUCUUCAUGAAGAUGGCAGCAUUACAGCUCAUGCAACAGAAAGCAAACAAGGACACUAAAACUGACACACCUGCCAUCACAGAAGCCUCUGAAACAACCUCAGAGAGCAAUGCUGACACAGCUCAGACACAGACCACUGAGUCAGAUUCUUCCAGUGCAGCAGAGGUCUCCACGGACAACACGAGCCAGACAGACAACAGCACCUCUGCUGCCUCACAGGCGGUGACUGACAGUGAAGAGAACUCCUCGAAGCCCACCACAAACGGGCCUCUUGACCUCACAACCACCCAGAACGGGGAGUGCAAGAGCCCACUGGAGGGUAAGGAGCUUGAGGAAAGUAUUCCAGGAUUAGCUCAGGCCAAAGAGCUGGCGGAGACCUUAGUUGCCGAAGACGGAUCUUGUAUUGACCCCAAAAGCCGCGAAGUGGUCCUCAAUGCCUGCAAGGCAGUGGGCUCCAUCAGCAACACAUCUUUUGACAUUCGCUUCAACCCCGACAUCUUCUCCCCAGGAGUACGUUUCCCAGACGACAGCACAGAUGACGUCCAGAAGCAGAAGCAGCUUCUCAAAGAUGCUGCAGCCUUCCUGGUGUCCUGUCAGAUCCCGUCACUGGUUAAAGACUGUUUGGACCACAGCGCGCUGCCCAUGGAUGGAGUCACACUGACAGAGGCCUUGCACCAGAGAGGCAUCAACGUCCGCUACUUGGGCUCUGUUCUGGAGUUUGUGGACAAGACCCCCGCCAAAGCCCAGCUGGAGCACUUCUAUAGAAUAGGAAUCAGUGAGCUGAUCACCAGAUGCGCAAAACAUAUCUUCAAGACGUACCUCCAGGGUGUGGAGUUGUCUGCCCUCUCUGCCGCUGUAAGCCAUUUCCUAAACUGCUUCCUGAGCUCCUUCCCUGACGCCGUUGCCCACCUGCCUCCCGACGAGCUGGUGUCGCGCCGCAAGAGCCGCAAACGUCGCAACAGGGUCCCCGGCGGCGGUGACAACACGGCGUGGGCCAGCCUGACGCCCAGCGAGUUGUGGAAGAACAUCGCCUCCGAGGCCCAGAGCUAUUAUCACUUCACCAUACAGUGUGAAAGCGUGGACCAGGUGGUGGAGAAAUACGGCCUCCAGAAAACCACUCUGCUCAGAGAAAUUUCAAUCAAAACUGGCAUCCAGAUCCUGAUAAAGGAGUAUAACUUUGACAGCCGCCACAAGCCUGCGUUCACAGAGGAGGACAUCCUGAACAUUUUCCCUGUUGUAAAGCACGUGAACCCCAAAGCCUCAGACGCCUUCCACUUCUUCCAGAGUGGACAGGCCAAAGUGCAGCAAGGUUUCCUGAAGGAGGGCUGCGAGCUGAUCAACGAGGCUCUAAACCUCUUCAACAAUGUGUACGGAGCCAUGCAUGUAGAGAUCUGUGCCUGCUUACGCCUGCUGGCACGCCUUAAUUACAUCAUGGGAGACCACCCUGAGGCUCUCAGCAACCAGCAAAAGGCUGUUCUGAUGAGUGAAAGAGUCCUUGGCAUUGAGCACCCCAACACAAUUCAAGAAUAUAUGCACUUGGCUCUCUACUGCUUUGCCAACGGCCAGCUGUCGACCGCCCUGAAGCUGCUUUAUCGUGCCCGUUACCUCAUGUUGUUGGUCAGUGGGGAGGACCACCCAGAGAUGGCACUGCUGGAUAGUAACAUCGGGCUGGUGCUGCAUGGAGUGAUGGAGUAUGAUUUAUCACUGAGAUUCCUGGAGAACGCCUUGACAAUCAACACAAAGUACCAUGGACCGCGGUCCCUCAAAGUGGCCCUCAGCCACCAUUUGGUCGCCAGAGUUUAUGAGAGCAAGGCCGAGUUCCGCUCCGCACUACAGCACGAGAAAGAGGGUUACACAAUUUACAAGAACCAGAUGGGUGAGGCACACGAGAAAACCAAGGAGAGCUCAGAGUACCUGAAGUACCUCACCCAACAGGCUGUAGCUCUGCAGAGAACCAUGAAUGAGAUCUACAAGAACGGCUCCAACGCCAGCAUCAUGCCCCUGAAGUUCACUGCUCCCAGCAUGGCCAGUGUCCUGGAGCAGCUCAACAUUAUCAACGGCAUCAUCUUUAUCCCACUCAGCCAAAAGGAUCUGGAAAACCUGAAGGCGGAGGUGCAGAGGCGGCAGCAGCUGCAGGAGCUGGGAAAGAGUGAGGAGCCCAUUGAGGACAGCCCACUGGAACUAGAGGACAAAAUUCCCAUUGAUUAAUGUCUGAAGGCCCUCAACACAGCUACUUUCUGCUACUGGGGGGUAGGGAGAGGCUGUGACGCAGCAGCCAUGUCACUGAGCCUGUGGGACCUGAGAACCAAGCAAUUGAUCGAGCAUUGAAAUAAACAGGGGGAGGGAUGGGUCAGGGCAGUCCAGAGAACAAACUGUAUGAACUGUAGGACGAAGGAAUACAGAACGAGAGUUUCCUACAAGGUAGGAAGGGAGGGAGGAGAAAGUACAAACAACAUAGAGUCAAUGUAAUGUGCAAUCUGAAAAAUCCCCAGCCCGAGAACCUGAUGAUGGAGGUGUUAGCUGCCUUGAAGUGUGAUUGCAUAUGAAAGAGUGCUUGCAGCCUGGGGAGGGGAGACCAAGGAUGACCAUGACAUUGUAUACCAGAGCCUUAUCCACUGUACCAUAGUCCCCCAGUAAUGCUUCUUCUCAGCUCAAACUUCCCACAGCACUUUUAGCCCAGGACCAUUUUUUUUCCCACCAUUCCCAAAAGAGCCUUGAAGACCCCCGGACAUGUAGCCACCCCCGCCACUCCCCUCCCCGACGGUGCUCUAAAUGACAAAGCACCUACCCUGUCCUAGAACUCAGGGGUACUUUCUACUGUGCACUAAGACCAGGAUACAGUCACUAAAUUUGAGAUUUUUCAAGUGGGUCUUCAGAAUGUAAAUUCCCUUCUUUGUGGCUUCUUUGAGCCACUUUGCAGCAGUCGCCCAUCAUUCUUGCACAGCCCCCGUGGUUAAUUAAUGCAACCGUUCUAUCAUUUGUACUUACGACAUCCCAGGUGGGUGCCUGCUGUGUCCUAUGGUUCCUGUUUCUCCAAGCAAGCAAACAAUACAGUGACACAUGAGUGAGCUUUCAACCGGUUUGAUUUCAUUUGCUGGAUUUGUUUUGUGUUUUUUUUGUAGUAAAUAAGAUGGAUUUUGUAAAAGUGCACAGCAGAAUUAAGAAGGUAUUUUAGGCCUGUUGAUCAUCAAUUAAUUUAAGCCAUGUCUGUUUUAUAGAAAAUGUAUAGAAGUGGAAAAAGAUGUAUAAAUCUCUAUCGGAUUUAGACAGAUACUUGAUUGAUGUUAAUGGAACAACGCAGAUUUGAAACGUCCACCUUUAAGCAGUAGAUUUAUCUAUCUAUAUACUAGCUGUGUUCAAUCUUCUAUUUUUACACAUUGAAAGAAUAUGUGCAUGUAUGUUUGUAUGUGUGACAGUGUGUGUGUCUUUGUGUAGUCCAACAGAAAAUCUAUUCGCCAGGCCUGUUGCUGCUUUUGCUGCUGCGUAGUUUGAAUAGAGGCUAUGCGAACAUUGGCUUUCCAAAUGUUUUAUUUUUCUACUCAUAGUAAACCUGUUGGAUGGCUGAUGCCUCUUUUCUUAAAACAUUCAUGGCCACCAAUGUUGUAAAUCUGUUUAUGUAUGAAUUGGUACUGAAAUGAAGCUCCUCUCACCGUUGGACAGGUGCUCAGCAUUGGCAGUAGUGAAUGAUUUUUCCUUUUCCUUUUUCCAUUACUGGUUUAUCUUUUCAUAUGUAACUGAGACAAAACCCAGCCAGGAGUGUCUGUUCAUUGAGCAGUGUUUAGUGCACUUUCUCAUGCUGUUUGGGAUGUGUGAGCAUGUUCACAGCACAACCAAAAGUGAGCAAAAGAAGGGCUGCCUCAGUGUGAUGUACCAAAAAAGACUGAUAAAAGGUUUGUUUGCGCUUGUAUACAUGCAAUGUAUCCCUCCCAUGGCAAUAUGUUACUUAAUUGUUGCCGUGUCUAAAUGUAUGUGAUUAAAGCAAUAGAGAGAUGGUGCUGGAACUGAUUGUUUUUCGAAAAAUGCUGUUUUUUCUUGGCACAAGAUGUGCAAGAUGGACUACUAACUGCACUGGCUGAAAUGUGUGAAAAUGCGAGCCAUUUAGAGAAAGAAAAAAGUAAAGGUGCGCUCUUCAGACUGAAUGAUUCAGUUAUUGCAGCGAUUUUCCUCUUUGUGCUCCUAUAACAUGAUGUCAUAACAUCAAUAGCAGAGCGUGGUGUGAAUUGUGCCUAUUAUUUAUGCUUCUGAAUGGAACCAGGGUGAUAACUGAUAAUAACUUAAAAAUUUAUAAAGGUAUAAGCUAUGCUUCUUUUCUUGGUUUCUUGUAUCAUAAUUUUUCAGUUUCUUCAUCCCCUCUCCUCCGUAAGUGUUGCUCAACAGUAGUACCAAAAGUGUCCAUUAGGUGGCACACCAACAUUUGUCUCAUUGUGAAGGAUUUGCAUUGCCCUAAAUGACAGAAGACGUUGCAGUGCAAGUGCACACAAAUAAACACCUGCCUCAUUUGAUUUAGAUACAUGUAAAUUAGGGGGAUUUAUUUUCUAACAUUUUUCUAAUAGAACGUUUGUCCUGUGGCCCAAAAUUACAAAAACUACUGUUGAACAUUUUCUGAACCUGUUGAAAUCCCAACAGUAACUAUUGUUGGGGUAUUUAAAUAGUUUAUGGUCUCGAAUAAACUCACUGAGAACUAUUUAUCUGCACAGAUACUCUAUGUUGCUCUUUUAUGCUCUUUUAACGGUGCUUCCGUAUAGUUGGGGGCACUAAUCUCACUCCACUAGAGUUCAGUGUAACAUUUCUGUUUUGAAUAGUUGAGCUUGUGCUUUAUAUGUCAUUUCAUCUUAUUAGAUGUUAGCAUCAGAAGUGGGAAGAAGCAAGAAGAUGUAAUGAUACAAAACGAAGAUCAAAGCGUUUUCUUUCACACAUCAUUUGCACACAUAACAUUUGCAAUUAAUUUGCAAUUUAAAUGUAUAACAUGCAAAACGUGGUGUGUGUGUGGAAUGUGAAUAUUAACAGAAAAUUGCCUACACAUACAGACAACGGUUGAAUAUUCAUUUAAUUUUCAGAUAUGGAUCCUGUGCUAAAUAACUAUUAAAGGUAUGAAAAGAGUAAUAUCUACCCCAAAAUAUUACGCAUUUUGCUGUCCACCACUCAUUUUGCAUUUUUUGUCUGUGUGUCGCCUGAAAUAAUGAGAGUUUUGUGUUUUCUCAGCUAAUGAAAUUUCCUCUGCUCAAAGGCUUCUUAUGCCAAGUGUUUGAGUCUGCUUCCCCCGAUGAUGUGUGGUAUUUGUGUGUUGCUCUUUGCAAAAUUACAAACUAAUUAUAUUUU